GAUUCGGGAUCCAGUUUCAGAGAGCGAGAGAUUGGGGAGCGCUGGCAGCCGGGCGGGGGAGCAGCUCUCCUCUCUCCUCCUCCUUCCCCUCGUCCUCGGCCUCCUCCUCCUCGCCGCGCCGCCCCGCCCCCGGCUCGGAUCGGUUCGCCCCCCCCUCAGGAAGGGGAAAAAAGGCGAGAAGAGCGGGGCCGGCGCAAGGAGCGGAGCGGUGGCGCGGCCGGAGAGGGAGCAAGCGGCGGGCGCAGGCGGCGGCGGGCGCGGCGUUGGCGGCCCGAGGAGCGAGCGGAGCCGAGCGGGUGGCACUGGUGGCCGCACCGCGUCCUGGCGGGGCUCGGACCUUGCUCCCUGCAUCUCCCGCAACGCGGGCAUCCGGACCCUCCCGGCGCCUGGGGGCUCUAGCGGGCGGGGGUGGGGAGGGGCCUGCGUGCGCCUGCGGGUGCGCUCCAGGGGGCGUCGCGGAGAGGCCCGGAGUGGGCAGGGGGCCGCAGCUGAACGAGGAGCUCCCCUGCCGGGCGGGCGCCUGGGUCGGCCGCAGGCGACGCGAGUCACUCCGGAGGAUUUGCAACUCGCCAGAUCAAGUCUUCGCCUGCGGGGCCGCGGCUGCUGGGGAAGCUGCCACUAGGGGCCACAGGCAGGUGCCCUGGACAUUAGGAGCCACUACUGCCUUCUCUGUUGCCUGAAGUCCUGCCCUAUCUCCUUCCUUCCUCUGUUCCCUGCUCUCUGCCCCUUACCUCCUGCCCCUGGCCCUGCCCCUGGCACAACCCGCCUGCCGCCGGAUCCUGGCAUGUCAAGACCUGGCCUGUUCCUGCCUGCCCAGCCCGCGGAACCCCGGCGGCCCCGCGAGCUAGGAUGAGGGGCCAGGCCGCCGCCCCGGGCCCCUUCUGGAUCCUCACAUCACUCCUACUCCUACUGCUGUGCCUGGGGCACUGGGCACGUGCUGCUAUUGGGGCAGACACAGGGCCUGGGGCUGAGACGUGUGCCACGCUGGUGCAGGGCAAGUUCUUUGGCUACUUCUCGGCAGCUGCCGUGUUCCCAGACAACGCCUCACGCUGCUCCUGGACUCUGCGCAAUCCUGACCCGCGGCGCUACACCCUGUAUAUGAAGGUGGCCAAGGCUCCCACACCCUGCAGCGGUCCUGGUCGUGUCCGCACCUACCAGUUCGACUCCUUCCUGGAGUCUACGCGCACCUACCUAGGUGUGGAGAGUUUCGACGAGGUGCUGCGGCUCUGUGACCCCACUGCACCCCUCGCCUUCCUGCAGGCCAGCAAGCAGUUCCUGCAAAUGCAGCGACAGCAGCCACCUCAGGAUGGAGACCUGGGUGUCCCAGGGGAGGCCCUAGGUCCCAGUGAUGACUUUUCUGUGGAGUAUCUGGUCGUGGGCAACCGAAACCCCAGCCGGGCUGCCUGCCAGAUGCUGUGCCGCUGGCUGGAUGCCUGUCUGGCUGGCAGCCGAAGCUCACACCCCUGUGGCAUCAUGCAAACCCCCUGUGCCUGCCUUGGUGGCGAGGCUGGAGACCCUGCCUCCAGUCCCUUAGUCCCCCGUGGUGAUGUCUGCUUGAGGGACGGUGUGGCCGGCAGCCCUGAGAACUGCCUCACCAGCCUGACCCAGGAUCGUGGUGGGCACAGCGCAGCAGGCGGCUGGAAGCUGUGGUCCCUGUGGGGCGAGUGCACGAGAGACUGCGGAGGAGGCCUACAGACCAGGACGCGCACUUGCCUGCCCACCCCGGGCCUUGAGGGCAGCGGCUGUGAGGGGGUCCUGGAGGAGGGACGCCUGUGCAACCGCAAGGCCUGUGGCCCCGCUGGGCGCACCAGCUCCCGGAGCCAGUCCCUGCGGUCCACAGAUGCCCGGCGGCGUGAGGAGCUGGGGGACGACCUGCAGCACUUUGGGUUUCCAUCCCCCCAGACUGGUGACCCGGCGGCUGAGGAGUGGUCGCCAUGGAGCGUGUGCUCCAGCACCUGUGGCGAAGGCUGGCAAACUCGCACACGCUUCUGCGUGUCGUCCUCGUAUAGCACGCAGUGCAGCGGCCCACUGCGCGAGCAGAGGCUGUGCAACAACUCUGCUGUGUGCCCAGUGCAUGGUGCAUGGGAUGAGUGGUCGCCUUGGAGUCUCUGCUCCAGCACGUGUGGCCGCGGCUUUCGGGACCGCACACGUACCUGCAGGCCCCCCCAGUUCGGAGGCAACCCCUGUGAAGGUCCAGAGAAGCAAACCAAAUUCUGCAACAUUGCCCUGUGCCCUGGCCGGGCAGUGGACGGAAACUGGAAUGAGUGGUCGAGCUGGAGCACCUGCUCUGCCAGCUGUGCCCAGGGCCGGCAGCAGCGCACGAGGGAGUGCAACGGGCCUUCCUAUGGGGGUGCUGAGUGCCAGGGCCACUGGGUGGAGACUCGAGACUGUUUCCUGCAGCAGUGCCCAGUGGACGGCAAAUGGCAGGCCUGGGCAUCAUGGGGCAGCUGCAGUGUCACAUGCGGGGGUGGCAGCCAGCGCCGAGAGCGAGUCUGCUCUGGGCCCUUCUUCGGGGGAGCAGCCUGCCAGGGCCCACAGGACGAGUACCGACAGUGCAGCACCCAGCGGUGUCCUGAGCCCCAUGAGAUCUGUGAUGAGGACAACUUUGGGGCUGUGGUGUGGAAAGAGACACCAGCAGGAGAGGUGGCUGCAGUCCGGUGUCCUCGAAAUGCCACAGGCCUCAUCCUGCGGCGCUGUGAGCUGGACGAGGAGGGCAUCGCCUUCUGGGAGCCCCCCACCUACAUCCGCUGUGUCUCCAUUGACUACCGAAACAUCCAGAUGAUGACCCGGGAGCACCUGGCCAAAGCUCAACGUGGACUUCCAGGAGAGGGGGUCUCAGAGGUCAUACAGACCCUGGUGGAGAUCUCUCAAGAUGGGACCAGCUACAGUGGGGACCUGCUCUCCACCAUUGAUGUCCUGAGGAAUAUGACUGAGAUCUUCCGGAGGGCCUACUAUAGCCCCACCCCAGGGGACGUGCAGAACUUUGUCCAGAUCAUCAGCAACCUGCUGGCAGAGGAGAAUCGGGAGAAGUGGGAGGAGGCCCAGCUGAUGGGCCCCAAUGCCAAGGAGCUCUUCCGGCUGGUGGAGGAUUUUGUGGAUGUCAUUGGCUUCCGCAUGAAGGACCUGAGGGAUGCGUACCAGGUGACAGACAACUUAGUCCUUAGCAUCCAUAAGCUUCCUGCCAGCAGUGCCACUGACAUCAGCUUCCCCAUGAAGGGCUGGCGAGCUACUGGUGACUGGGCCAAGGUGCCAGAGGACAGGGUCACAGUAUCCAAGAGUGUCUUCUCCACAGGCUUGGCAGAGGCGGAUGACUCAUCUGUAUUCGUAGUCGGCACCGUGCUCUAUCGCAAUCUGGGCAGCUUCUUGGCUCUGCAGAGGAACACGACCGUGCUGAACUCCAAAGUCAUCUCUGUGACCGUGAAGCCCCCACCCCGCUCCCUGCUCACACCCUUGGAGAUCGAGUUUGCCCACAUGUACAAUGGCACCACCAACCAGACCUGCAUCCUGUGGGAUGAGACAGAUGUACCCUCCUCCUCCUCCGCCCCCCCGCAGCUUGGGCCGUGGUCGUGGCGCGGCUGCCGCACGGUGCCCCUCGACGCCCUCCGGACGCGCUGCCUGUGUGACCGGCUCUCCACCUUCGCCAUCUUAGCGCAGCUCAGCGCUGACGCGACAAUGGAGAAGGCGACUGUGCCAUCUGUGACGCUCAUCGUGGGCUGUGGCGUGUCCUCACUCACCCUACUCAUGCUGGUCAUCAUCUAUGUGUCUGUGUGGAGGUAUAUCCGCUCAGAACGGUCUGUCAUCCUCAUCAACUUCUGCCUGUCCAUCAUCUCCUCCAAUGCCCUCAUUCUCAUUGGGCAGACCCAGACCCGCAACAAGGUGGUGUGCACGCUGGUGGCAGCCUUCCUGCACUUCUUCUUCCUGUCCUCCUUCUGCUGGGUGCUCACCGAGGCCUGGCAGUCCUAUAUGGCUGUGACUGGCCACCUCCGGAACCGGCUCAUCCGAAAGCGCUUCGUCUGCCUCGGGUGGGGGCUUCCUGCGCUGGUUGUGGCCAUUUCUGUGGGAUUCACCAAGGCCAAAGGGUAUAGCACCAUGAACUACUGCUGGCUCUCACUGGAGGGGGGACUGCUGUAUGCCUUCGUGGGACCAGCUGCUGCCGUUGUGCUGGUGAACAUGGUAAUUGGGAUCCUGGUGUUUAACAAGCUGGUGUCCAAAGAUGGCAUCACGGACAAGAAGCUGAAGGAGCGGGCAGGUCAGCUGCCCUGGGCACCCCUCGGGCGCGCCCUCAAAUGUGCCGAGUGUGGAGUCCUCUCUGCGGCUGAUGUCACCUCCGACGCCACCAGUAACGCCAUGGCCUCCCUGUGGAGCUCCUGUGUGGUGCUGCCGCUCCUGGCGCUGACCUGGAUGUCGGCCGUGCUCGCCGUCACCGACCGCCGCUCCGCCCUCUUCCAGAUUCUCUUCGCUGUCUUCGACUCACUGGAGGGCUUCGUCAUCGUGAUGGUUCACUGCAUCCUGCGCAGAGAGGUCCAGGAUGCCGUGAAGUGCCGUGUGGUUGACCGCCAGGAGGAAGGCAACGGGGACUCGGGGGGCUCCUUCCAGAACGGCCAUGCCCAGCUAAUGACAGACUUUGAGAAGGACGUGGACCUGGCCUGUAGAUCAGGUGAGCGCCCCACAGUGCUGAACAAGGACAUUGCAGCCUGUCGCACGGCCACCAUCACAGGCACACUCAAGCGGCCAUCACUGCCUGAGGAGGAGAAACUAAAACUGGCGCAUGCUAAAGGGCCACCAUCUACCUUCAACAGCCUACCAGCCAACGUGUCCAAGCUGCGACUGCAGGGCUCACCACACUGCCCCGGGGGGCCCCUGCCUGCCUUCCCCAACCACUCACUUACCCUUAAGAAGGACAAGGCACCUAAAGCCUCUUUCAUCGGUGAUGGGGACAUCUUCAAGAAGCUGGACUCAGAGCUGAGCCGUGCCCAGGAGAAGGCUCUGGACACAAGUUAUGUGAUCCUGCCGACAGCCACAGCCACAUUGCGGCCCAAGCCCAAGGAGGAGCCCAAAUAUAGCAUCAACAUUGACCAGAUGCCCCAGACCCGCCUUAUCCACCUCAGCAUGGCUCCCGACACCAGCUUCCCUUCCCGCAGCCCACCCACCAGAGAGCCCCCCGAGGCACCUCCCACCCAGCCCCCACCUCCCCCACCCCCACCACCCCCACCACCCCAGCAGCCCUUGCCCCCACUGCCCUCCCUGGAGCCGGCACCUCCCAGCCUAGGGGACACAGCGGAGCCAGCAGCCCAUGCAGGACCCAGCACAGUGACUGGCCCCAAGACUGAGAACGUAGCCACCUUGUCUAUGAGUUCCCUGGAGAGGCGGAAGUCUCGGUAUGCAGAACUGGACUUCGAGAAAAUCAUGCACACACGGAAGCGGCACCAGGACAUGUUCCAGGACCUGAACCGCAAGCUGCAGCACGCAGCUGAGAAGGACAAGGAGGCGAUGGCCCCCGACGGCAAGCAGCCCGAGAAGCAGCAGACGCCCAGCAAGCGGCCAUGGGAGAGUCUUCGCAAGGCCCAUGGCACACCUGCCUGGGUGAAGAAAGAGCUGGAGCCACUGCCCCCGUCACCCCUGGAGUUACGGAGUGUAGAAUGGGAGAAGGCGGGUGCCACCAUUCCGCUGGUGGGCCAGGACAUCAUCGACCUCCAGACUGAGGUCUGAGCGGGCGGGCGGCCCUGUGGUGGGCCAGGAGGAGGGAUGCUGCUCUGCCCGCUCCGGCCGCAGGACGGGCACAGACACGCUCGCGGUGGUGGUGGGCCAGGCCCACACCCCGGCCUCAGGGCGCUCGGAUGCGGCCAGGCAGGCGGAGGGCCCACGGUGCUGGGACCAGAGCCAGACACAGGACAGGAGGUGGCACGGCUCAGCAGGCACAGGGAUCCAGAGGCUGGAAGGUGCCUCAGACUCUCCCCUCCUCGGUUGAGCCCCGCAGGCGGGCAGGCGGGAAGGCAGCCAGCUAUGGACAGCGGCAGGCCCGGUUCAGCCAGCAUCCCCAGGAUGCCCACCUGAGCUGCCGCUGCAGAGGACCAGCCCACGGCCCACCGGCCUGGCUCCGUUUUUUAGACUCCCCCACCCCUUGGGAAGCAGCCAGACCCCACACCCUUCCAGGGCCUUGGGCCCCUCCCCGACCAGGCGGAGAGCACAGCCCUGACCCAUGGCCUGGGCAGGACUAAGCCCACUCCGGAAGAAGCAGGGUGGGGAAUCUAUUUUUUCUCUCCUUUUCUUUUCUUCAAUAAAAAGAAUUAAAAAUCCA